AUGUCUGAAGUUAGGACACUGGAUAUUGGCAUUUUCCUGCCCAUUGGAAACGAUGGCUGGCUGAUCUCCAACGCGGCUCCCCACUACAAGCCCAGCUUUGAACUCAACCGCACCGUCGCUCAACUGGCCGAGUCUUAUGGAUUCGACUUUGCACUUUCCAUGAUCAAGUUCCGCGGCUUCGGUGGCGACACCGAGCACUGGGACUACAACCUCGAGUCCUUCACUCUCAUGGCCGCGGUGGCUGCUUGCACGAAGCGAAUGAAGCUGUGGGCGUCCACGGCCGUCCUCGCCCUCCCACCGGCCGUCGCUGCUCGCAUGGCCGUCACCAUUGACAAUAUUGCCAACGCGACCGCCGAGAGCGACGAGUACAAGGGCCGCUUCGGCGUCAACAUGGUCACUGGCUGGCAGAGCGCAGAGUUCUCACAGAUGGGCCUUUGGCCGGGCGACGCUUUCUUCGGCUACCGUUACGACUACGCCGAUGAGUAUGCGCAGAUCAUGAGGACUCUAUGGAGAGAUGGCAAGUGCGACUUUGAUGGCAAACAUUUCAAGAUGAAGGACUGCCAGCUCCUCCCCAAACCCGAGACGGACAUCAAGGUUAUCACGGCUGGUCAGAGCGACCGCGGUAUCCGUUUUGCUGCCGAGCUGUGUGACUACAAUUUCAUCAACGGCAAGGGAAUCAACACGCCCACAGCCUUCACCGAAAACAAUGAGCGCCUGAUUCAGGCUGCCAAGACGGCUAACCGCGACGUAGGAGCCAUGGUCCUCUUCAUGCUCAUCAUGGACGAAACAGAUGAGAAGGCUGAGGCCAAGUGGAAGCUCUACUGUGACAACCUCGAUAAGCCCGCCGUGGCCUGGGUGCACAAGCAGUCCAAGAUGGACGUCAAGGCCGACGCGAGGAGCACGGCCCAGCACUUCCAGGAGGGCGCUGAUGCCAGUCACCUGGUGAACUUGAACGGCGGUACGCUGGUCGGAAGUUACACCAAGGUGGCCGGGCUCCUAGAUGAGAUUGCCGGUGUGGAUGGCGUCAAGGGUGUCAUGUUGCAGUUUGACGAGUUUGUCAGCGGCGUGGAGCUGUUUGGCAAGCAUGUUCAGCCCAAGAUGAAGUCUAGAAUUGGCAAGGCCCUCAGGACCAACGAGGCCUCGGCAUAG